GUCUGUGCUGGGUCUGUGCAGGGUCUGUGCAGGGUCUGUGCUGGGUCUGUGCUGGGUCUGUGCUGGGUCUGUGCUGGCGGCCAUGCUGCAGGCAGCAGCCUGCAGUCCACUCCCUGCCCACACUGCUCCUUGUCUGCAGCAGAGUCCGGCCUCUUUGUCUCUGCUUCAUGCUGCAGCCCUGAACUCACCUGUUCAACCAGGACCGACCUGUUCAACAUUCAACCAGCCUGCCUCUGCAUGACCGCCAGGUGGGACCACAGUUCCCACUGAGGCUGCGCCAUGGGGGCCAAGCAGAGCAAAGGCCCGGAGCCCGGAGGAGACAGUCCUCAGCACAGCUGGAGGCGGACCCCCUCCAAGGAGAGAGGGGACCUCCUGACCUCCCUCGUGCUGAAGUCAGGAGACAGGCUGACCCGGGGGGGCACGGCCCCGCCGCCCUACCAGCGGCGCAUCGGGAUGAUCCAGGACAUGAUGCUGAUGGCCAAGCAGGGCAAACAGGACGAGGCCACAGAGAUGCUGAAGACUCUCAGACAGGACUUGGGCAUGGAGUCAACAUCUCUGGAUGACGUGUUGUAUCGCUACGCCAGCUUCCGAAACCUGGUUGAUCCCAUCACACAUGACCUGAUCAUCAGUCUGGCACGAUACGUCCACUGCCCCAAAACGUUUGAAGGCAGUGCUGUCAGCACCAUUGUCCAGUGGGGCGUUGGAUCUGUCUGGGAUUCCACUGACAACUCGAGACAUGGAGCGUCUGAAUGCACACCUUCUGCGUCACUCGUCUGCCGUGGUCAGCUUGGAGCUGGGUUUCACCGAACUGACAGAUGAAGCUUUCCUCCAGCUUCUUCCCACACUGGCUGCUCUGCCACAUCUGGAGACCCUGGCGCUGAAUGGAAACAGACUAACAAGAGCCAUUCUGAAGGAGCUCACAGAUGCCCUGAAGGAUCCUAACAGCUUCCCAAGCGUGACUUGGAUCGACCUAGGCAACAAUGUGGACAUCUUCUCCCUGCCUCAGCCCUUCUUGGUCAGCCUCAGGAAACGUUGUCCCAAGCAGGGAAACCUGCCCACCAUCCUAGAGUUCGGAGAAAGUCAGGCCAGCGACCCCCCCGACCGGCCGAAGUGUCUUAUGGAGGAGGAGGAGGAGACGGAUGACACCAACCGAACUGAGAGCAUGGGUGAGCUCCGCUCUGAGGUGGAGGAGGAGAUGGAUGGAGAGACAGAGAUCGAGGAGAUGAUGGAGGAGCUCCUGGACUUCGACAGGGAGGUGCAGGGGAAGGAGGAUGAGGAGGACAGCGUGUGGACGGUGGGGGAGCAGAGGAGGAGCAGGAGGGAGAGACGAAAGGAGCAGGAGGAGGAAGCAGAGAUGGAGGCGCAGAGGAGCGAGUUGCGUUGGAGGAGCAGGGCGGUGAUGGCGGUGGAUGAGGACGACACUUCCCGCCUGUCCUGUUCCAGCCAUUCACAGCACUCCUCUGGAACUGUGGAGCCAAUGAGAGUGGAGGACAAUGACCUGAGCAACCAAUCAGAGCUUUGAAUCUGAUUGUGGAUUGUUGCUCUGUGGAUCUUUCUCUUCUUCUGUCCCGUCCUGUGUGGACAAAAACUGAGGAAGACUUUGUUAGCUGAGUAAAGGCUGCAGAGCUGCAUGUAAAGACGACUAAUAUCAGCACCAUGCACUGAUCCAACAAGAUUAUAUAAUCACAAGAGGCUUUUAUGUACAAUAUAACCUUUAAUCAGGUCCUUGUUCUGAUCUUAAAACCUACAUGUGCCUGUAGCACCUCUGGUUACUGGUUUAACUUGUGCCCUGAGAAAGAAAACCAAGCUGAAGGUGUGAAAAUAGAGCCACACAGUCAGGACCUUUAAAACUGAAAGCAGAAACAUCUCCCUCCCACAGAAAGUCUAACAACACCCCAGAUGGAUCAGAAGAGGGGCAGAAAUCAAACAUUAAGCCAUUGGUGUAAAUCUGCUGCUUUCAGGAGCUCUGUGUUGUACAGGAAGAUACCUGCUGGAGGGGACGUUUGUCCACUAAAUCAAUCUAAAACAAAAGUCUAAUGAAUGUUAGAAAAGGAAUUUCUGAAACGUAAGGUGAAGGUAAUUUAAAAUAUUUAGUAGCCUUUUUCUCAUAAUGUAGGUCACGCUUGGUAUACGUAGUUGGUAUAUGUAUUAAACACUUGGUAUAUGGUA